AUGACUGCCUGGCUCAACGAGGUGUUGAAGAUAUCUGUGGCUGCCUCUCUGAACAUGUUGCAGUCUGUGUCCUGGAUGCAGUCAUGCAGUGCUGGCCAUCGUCUGGCCAUAUUGCGAUCUGCUUUUGAACAACUGGGGAUGUGCGUGCGCACGCAAAUCGAGGGAUCGUCGAACGUGUGUACAGAUUGGAGUUCAUGUUUGAUGAUGAUGGCAGCAGCAGUCAGUGAAAGUCCACACAGAAGCACUGACGAUCAAACAUCCACCCGAAGACUGAAUGACGUGAAAGUAAUGAAGUUCAUCAGUCUGGUGAUUUUGGUGAUCCAGAAUGUAUCGCUCAUCCUCGGCAUCAGCUACGUGUGGACAUUGUCUGAUUUCUUGGCCACAUCUGCUGUUGUGAUGGCAGAGAUUCUUAAAGUUCUUACAUGUCUGUUUAUCAUCUCGAUGCAGAGGACUGGAGAAGCAAGCUUUUAUGACAUUGCGUGGGUUGGCAGAACUGUUUCACUAUACAUACUGAAUUGUGUAUUGAACAGUGUAAUGCAGGGGUGCCCAAACUCGGUCCUGGAGGGCCGCCUGCAGGCGGCGCUAAAACGGCUCCAUAAUUCAGAACACGAGAAAGUGAAGAAGAUCGCGUAA